GGCUUUUGAUUGGCUGUUAAUUAAUUAUGACAUCAUUGAUCGUUUAACAUUGUUACUGCCAGGUCUUGUGUCUUAUCAAAGUUUAUACAGAGUUUAUAUACAACAUUCUAUAUUUUAUUACAACUUAUUUACACUAUUGACAUUAUUAUCAUCAUUCGAUAUUUUUACGUUUUCCAAGGAUAUAACUGUUCUCAGAUUAUUUGCGAAGUGGAAUUUAUUAAAACAUAAACACUCGGACAUUGACCUUUCAGUGAUCAUGGCCGAUCGCCGUGCACCUCGUUUCAGACAGAGGUCUAAUCAGUGGAACAGUUCCGACCCAGCUAACUGGACUGCUAACAAAUUGAAAGUUGAAUUGGAAAGUAUUAACAUUUUUGUACCUGUUUCUCUGGGAAAAAACAUGCUUAAGAAGAUUUACAUGGAUAACAUCGCGCGUAGGAACAUCGCCCCAGCUGACCAACAGAUGACAGGCAACACCUCACAGACAUCAGCAUCAUCAGACAUUGCACCAAGUACAUCUACUGCUGAUGCAAGUUCUAAUUUGAACUCAGUUACAAUUGCCAGUUCUAAUCAAGCUCCCGAUCAAAGAGAUUUAACCUCGGACAGCGGAAGUAAUUCGGCUAGGAGCAGAUCCGUUACAGAACCGCGGAUUAAUUUCCAGAGUGGAACGACCGGAUCUACGUCAUCCAAUAUGGCGGCGCCCAGUGCCAAUAUCAACAAUGAAGUUAUGACAGGGAUGUUAAAUUCAAUGCAGUCCAUGCAAGGAACGAUGCUGGGUUUACAGCAGACAGUUAUUAAAUUAAUUAACAUCAAUGACAAACCAGUAACCGUUGGCGUUGAGGAUAACAACCUCAGCACUGCAUACGCAGCCAUGGGAAACAACGAUCCCGGUCCAAGGCCAAGCACCAGUGCAGGAGCUGAAUCUCCAUGUAGCCAGGCUUUCCCAUUAAAUGAUAAACAAAUUUCGUCGCCUUGCAAAAGAAGCACAGGAGGUUCCAUGCAAAGUUCCUCCUCCUCAACUUGUGUUAUGGAGCUCGACACCGUAGUUAGCCAGUUGUGGGAGGCAGCAAUAUCUACAGGCACAAGAAAAACUUAUGAAACUGGUUUUAGAUCAUACACUUCUUUUUUGUUAUUAACUGGUGUUGUUGCUUUAAUAUUGCCUGGCUGUGUACCAGUCAAUGAACAGUUAUUAUUACUUUUUGUUGCUUAUUGUACAAGUAGACUACAUAUAAGUUAUAGUACUAUUAAAUUGUAUUUGUGUGGUAUUAGGUUCAAAUGUUUAGAACUUAACAUAAAUUAUCCUGAUUUAACUAAGUUAAGACGACUCAAAGCUAUACUGAAUGGAGUAAAGCGUACUUAUAAAACCAAUCCUAAACCAAGGUACCCUAUAUCUUUUGAUAUUUUACAGAAAGUCUGUCUCUGGCUGCGCCAGGACAGUAGUUAUGAGAAUUUAUUAUUAGAAACUAUGUGUACAGUUGCAUUUUUUGGUUUUUUAAGAUGUGGUGAAUUCACAGUUGAUAGUUGUGGAAAUUUUGAUCCAGCUUUUAAUUUAUGUAUUUCAGAUAUUACUAUUCUAAGCGACAGUAUACAUCUUAAGCUUAAAAUUUCUAAAACAGAUCCUUUUAGACAAGGUGUGACUAUUAAACUUUUUGAAACAGGUACUGAGAUUUGCCCACAUAGGAUAUGCUGUUUGUAUAUGAAUAAUCGCUUUCAAAGGAAUCCGUCUCCUGAAACUCCAUUGUUUGUCGAUUUAACUGGGGCUGCUGUCACCAGAGCUAAAUUCCUCUCUUUAUUCAAACAUGCUUUAGAUAUUUUAGGUAUUGACUCUACCUAUUACAGUGGCCAUUCUUUUCGUAUAGGGGCAGCGACAACUGCCGGUUCAGUUCAGGUUGAAGACCACUUGAUAAAAGUUAUGGGAAGAUGGUCUUCAGAUGCUUACUGUAGAUAUAUAAAAAUUUCAGAGUCUGACCUGAAAAGAGCUCAAAAUUCUUUAGCAAAGAAUUGA